UCCCUCACCUUGUGCAUUUAUUAAGUGCUUGCUGUGUGCAACACACUGUGCCAGGUGCUUCCCUCAGAACAGUGCUGUGGGCAGGCAUGAGAAUGAAUCCCAGCCUUGUAGAUGAGAAAUGUCAGGCUCUGAGGUUCCAAGGUCGCCCAAGGUCACUCGGCCAGAGCGGGCAGAUGUGGGAUUCAGUCUCAGGAGAGCCCAAGUCACACAUCCCUCACCCUUCCCGCCCACCUCCCUGCCCUCCCUGUCAGUGACCCCGGGAUCCUUCCCUGAAGACUUUAGGAGGUCCCUGUGUGCAAGGCACAGUGCCAAGAGUGGAAAUCUAACUCACCCGUAGCUUUGGCAAAACCGAGCUGAUCCCAAAGCACGAUGUUCCUGGGCUGCAGGACUGAGCACAGGUGCGAAGAGAUGCAGAAUGACUUUUAUCGGCCUUGGGCUCCUCUUGAGGUCAGCUUUGCCAGCUCUUUUCACUGGAGGGCAGACGGGAGAGGGUAGCUAGCCCCAGGCCCCUAACUCAUAAGCACCAAGGGCCUGACUAUUUAUACUCCUCCAUGGCUGCAUGUCUGUAAGACGUGCCUCUGCAAGAAGCCACUGGCCCCAAGUAGCAAACCCCCUGUGUCCCUAUCUCUCAGUUUGAGCCACUUGAAACUGACAUAUGUGUGGUUCAAAAAUGGUUGCUUAUCAGCCAUUUUAUGUGGUUCCACUUAAACAUCAUUAAGGUCACAGCCAGACGUCCUCUCUGAGAAAAGGGCAUUGCAGCCUAAAGCAAACAACACAUAGACUUUCCCUCGGGUUCAGAGCUCCAUCCCAGCCUGAGACGGCCCAGGUCAGAAAGCCUUGGCCAGCUUCAUCCUGGAAGAGUCUGAGUAAGAUGCUGACAUGGGCCAGGACGCAAAGCAGAGGCUGAGAAGGGAGGAGCAAAGCCCCGGCUGGGUGGGCUCUCACUUUGGCAGACACCAUCUCGGUAAAACCAACAAGGAAAGGAUGCAGCGGGGUGUGGACACUCCCUUGGUUAAAGAAGCAAGAGUUCGCUUUUAGUUGCAUGGGGAGGGAGGCAGUGACAGCCAGGAGGUGUGUUCUGAAUACACCUGGGGUUUCUAAGGGGCCUGUCUGUGGUGUCACAAGGAAGAGGAGCAGGCCCCAGAGGACCAGAGCGAAAGUGCUACCCUUGCAGCCUCUGGAGUGAAUGAGGAGCCCUCACCAUGCCCACCCACUUCCCUGAGCCGAUCUCGGACGAUUUUCAGUACGAUGAGUCUGCAGAAGCCUGUAACAUGGAGGACAUCGUGGUCUUUGGGACUGCCUUCCUGUCCGUGGUCUACUCCCUUGUCUUUGUGUUUGGCCUGGUGGGAAAUUUGCUGGUGAUCUUUUCCCUCAGCAACAGCCGGAAGCGCAAGAGCAUCACCGACAUUUACCUCCUGAACCUGGCCUUGUCCGAUCUGCUUUUUGUAGCCACUUUGCCCUUCUGGACUCACUAUCUGAGAAGUGAACAAGGCUUUCACAAUGCCGUGUGCAAACUCACCACUGCCUUCUUCUUCAUCGGGUUUUUUGGAGGCAUCUUCUUCAUCACCAUCAUCAGCAUCGAUAGGUACCUGGCCAUUGUCCUGGCCGCCAACUCCAUGAACAACCGGACUGUGACGCACGGCGUCACCAUCAGCCUGGGCGUCUGGGCAGCAGCCAUCUUGGUGGCAGCACCCCAGUUCAUGUUCACAAAACAAAAAGAAAAUGAAUGCCUUGGUGACUACCCCGAGGUCCUGCAGGACAUCUGGCCCGUGCUCCGCAAUGUAGAAGCAAAUGCUCUUGGCUUCCUGCUCCCGCUGCUCAUUUUGAUCUACUGUUACUUCAGAAUCAUGCGGACGCUGUUCUCCUGCAAGAACCGCAAGAAAGCUAAAGCUAUUAAACUGAUCCUUCUGGUGGUCAUCGUAUUUUUCCUCUUCUGGACACCCUACAACAUCAUGAUUUUCUUAGAGACGCUCAAUCUCUACGACUUCUUUCCGGAUUGUGACAUGAAAAGGGAUCUGAAAUUGGCCAUCGGUGUGACCGAGACAAUAGCAUUUAUCCACUGUUGCCUCAAUCCCAUUAUCUAUGCCUUUGCUGGAGAGAAGUUCAGAAGAUACCUUUCCCACCUGUACAGGAAAUGCCUGGCUGUCCUGUGCUGUUAUUCUGUAGACACCGGUUUCUCCCCGCCUGAGUCACAAACAGGCAGGCGGGAAAGCAUUCUGAGCAGCAAUUUUACCCACUACACCAGUGAUGGAGAGGUGUCCCUCCAUGUCUGAAGGGAUCCCCAAAGCCUCCUCCCUACAGAGAGCCUGGAGUUUCUGAAUCUGACACAGAAGAAUGAGGACAGAUUUUUUUUGUUUCUUACAAGCAAGAAAUGAUGGACCCAAUGCCUAAAAAAACAACCCUAAGAUGUUUUUGAGAAUUGUGCUCAAAAUUUGAAAGAUAAAGGGUGGGAAUAUUUCUUAUUGCAAAUGUCAAGACUCUUUUGUUUACAAAUGACGAAAAUUCAACUCAGACUAGCUUAGCUAAAAAGGAAGUGGUGAGUAUUGUUCACACAGCAGCAUGGACGGGGGUGGCUGAGCCCUCAGAGUGUGUGGAAACCAGGGCUUGAAUCUAGCUAGAAUUUCCUCUCUCUGACUCUCAAAUAUCCCGGGGUGACAGAGCUCCCAGAUUCGCAUAAUGCAGCUUUGUUAUCAGAGAGGGACUGAGACCCAUUCCUCUAGGGUCUCAAGGUCAAAAUUCCUGGGGAAGGGCUCUGAUUAGCCAAGUUUGUAUCAGAUGCCCAUCCCUGGACCAGGUGGUGGUAUCCAUAGGCAAGGGAUAGAUAAGAUGGCAGCUUCCAUUCCAAACUCAUGGUUAGAGGUGCAAGAAGAUGUAUUUCCAAGAAGCUGGAGGGGUGGGUGCUGCCCACCAACUUCACCAUGUGUCUGGCUCAGCCUCGCCUUGAUCAUACCAGCCAGCACUUACUGCCAGCCUCCUCUUCCUUAAACUCCCUUCUAUCGUGUCCCCAAACCUACAAAGGUUUCCCGGUGCCUGCUGCAUCAAAUUCAAACUUAAAUGCCUGACCUCUGAGACCCUCCAUCAUGUGGUCCCACCAACAGGUUCCCCAUUGUCUCCCAUUCCCAAAGGACUGCACCUACCCUGUCAGCCAGGUCUCUCCCAUCUGACCUCAUGCGUCUCCACCUGCUUCCAGACCCAGAGGGAGAAAUAGAAAGAACCCUGGCCCAAACUAAGAAGGGAUGAUUUCUAAUCUCAACUCUAUCACUUACCCACUGGUUGGCUUAGGGCCAACUGAGCUUGUUUCCUCAUCUGUAGAAUGGAGAUAAUACUUCUUUUUCAGCUAGAGAGCAUCCUUUCCAGCAUGAAGAACCAGCCACCAACUUUUGCAGGUCCCAACCCUCUUGUCUGGUUCCCAGACUUCAGCUUUCCCCCUACCUGGCACUUAAGCAGUAGUGUUGACAGAGCUUGGAGGAGACUGCAGGCUCUGCUGUGUAAUGUAGCCCAGACACAGAGGAGGCUGGUCCCUACCGUGGCACUCAGUGGACACUCCUGGAUGUGAGAUUGAUAGCCUUCCCUGACCCAACCCUCCCAGACUGCCUUGAACGUUCCCUCCCAAUCACCUCAUGGCAAGCCCCCAUCCAUCGGGAGAGAACCCCCAACGUUCAUGCAACAGUCGAUGUGGAGAGCCAGGGUCACAAGAGCAGCUUUCUGUUUUCAGUAAACAUUUGAGAUGUUCUAAAACUUCAAAGCUUGAAGAACAAUUGUAACAAUGCUAAAGAAAGUGUCAUCUAUAACCUAACCAUACAACAUUUCCAUUUGCCCAUCCAGACCUUGCUCAUCCCCUCACGUGUUUAGAGUUGUACUCAUAAUGUACAAUUGUAUAAUCUGCCACAAAUGGCUCUCUGUUUCCAUAGGGUUUUGCAAGGAGCAUUUCAGAAGACUUUGCCAGGCUGUGUAUUCAUUGAAGGCAUCUGACUCCUUGCUCUAUUUCUGAUGCCUCCUUGGCAGUCAGCAUGUUUGUUUAACCAAUGAGAGAAUGAAUCAUGUUUCAUCAAGAUCACGUACUGUAAUUUGCUCACCAUUACUCUGUUGAUAAAUGUUUCACUUGUUUGCAAUAUAUAGCAAAUACCUAUUUUAAAGCACUUUUGUCUGUGUAAUUUCCUCUCUCCUCUUCAAUUAUUUCCUUUGGGUAAUAAAGACAUCUGACCUGA